UACCUCACCACUUGUCUCGAUUCGAUGGGAGCGAGGCGCGAGAGUCCAGCUCGGAGGGCCCUUGCACAUGUCUGGAAAGAUGGCCGGGCGCCGAGGGACUGGAUUGGACGUAUACUACCCAACUGGGGUCCUUUUUUACUCAUCGUCAACCCCACCUGCGAGCUUCAGACGGAUACGGGGAGGUCCUAUGACGACUAUGCUGAGGAAGCCAAUUUCUGGAUCAUCAACAACCCCGGUUGGAAGGCUAAACCUGUAGCCGCAGGUGGGGUGAAGAGGAAGGCAUCGAGUGAGAAGGGUGAGAGUGAAGAUAGGGAGACUAAGAAGGGCAGGCUUGAUAUAGACGAUGGGGAGUGCUUCUACCAAACCCUCUCUGCCUGA